GAGGGGGUGGAGCGCCGAAGGGGCGGCGCCGAAGGGAACCGGCCCCCGCGGCGCCUGGGCGCGGGCAGGGUGGCUGGGCUGGGUGGCGGGUGCUGCUCGUCCCGCUUGCGAUCGCCCUUCCGAGCCGGAUCCAGCCUCCGGGUGCCCGAUGGGCUCCCCCGGGGGAGAGCAGGGGCCCCUGGACGACGUGUCCUGGCUCCGCUCGCUCUUCGUGGCCUGCGACGUGAACGGCUCGGGCCGGAUCGAGCGCGACGACUUCGGCGCGCUGUGCGCCGAGCUGCGGGUCCGGCCGGCCGAGGCCGAGGCCAUCUUCCAGCGCCUCGACACCGACCGCGACGGCGCCAUCACCUUCGCCGAGUUUGCCCGCGGCUUCCGCGGCUUCCGCGGCGCCACGCAGCGCUGGAGGCGGCAGCAUCAGCGGCGGCGGGACAGCGCGCAGGAGGCGUCCGAGGACGGGGCGAACGAGCCGGGGCUGGCAGAUGCCCGCGACGUCUUGAGCCAGGCGGCGGCGGCGAUGGAGCCGAGCCAGGCUUGGCGGGAGUUCGAGCAGCGGCUCGGGGACGAGGCCGGCUUCAUCCCCAGGUAACCCCCGCCGUCGUCCCCUGCCGGACUGGGGGGCGAGCGAGGAGUAAACCGCGGGGAGGAAGGCAGGCAGGCAGGCGCCCGAAAUGCCAGAACAUCGGGGGUGUGCAGGGUCUUAUUAGUGGUAAAAGGGCUUCUGAGCAUGUGCCGAGUAGCGUUGCUGGCCUUUUCCUCUCUGCCGGCGACUCAUUACCAAGUAGAAUUCCUAUGCACCUUUCCGCCUGGAAAACUUGUCCGCCUUUCAGGAAUGAUGGAGUGAUGGGGAGCCUGUGGUCCUCCAGAAACUGUUGGACUCCCGACGCCUCUCAGCCUCUGUCAGCAGGGCUAGUGCUCAGGGAUACAGAGGGCUGUAGCCCAACAACAUCUGGAGGGCUGUAGAUUCCCCCAUCCUAAAGUGUGCACAGGGACAUCCUGCUUGGAGCAAGGCAACCUCCCUAAAGGCAGUUUACCUUUUCUCAUGGAUCAGCUUGUGAGGUACCAUAUUUUUCCAUGUAUAACAUGCCCCACCCCCACCCCCGUGUAUAAGACAUCUCCUGUUUUGGGGGACUCAAAAUUAAGAAAAUGGGGGGAUUGCCCCCGUGUAUAAGACUGCCCCCCUUUUUAAACAUUAUUUUUAGUAAAAAAAACCCUAGUCUUAUACACAGAAAAGUAUGGUAUUACUUAGUUCUUUAUUUGUGUGUCCUCCCCCACUUCACUUCCUCUGAGGAGCUCAAGGUAACAGUCAGGGUCUCCCUCUCUGCCCCUCCUUUAUCCUCAUCAACUCAGUGGGGAGAAAGAGUGUGACUGACCCAAGUUAGUUAUUCUAGUGGACCUUUCAAGCUGGAAUUCCUCAUUUGGCACUAGCCACUGAACAACACUGUCUCUAAGAUAGAGGGAUAAAGAGACAAAGCUUGUAAGUCAAAGCAUUUAGUUUCUAGGCAUCCUCUUGCAAUUUUAGAAAUUAACUGGUGGCAACGACACACUCCAGAUGCAUUUUCUGUCCACAUAAACAUUUUUAUGUGUGCGUUUUUUAAAAGAAAAGAAAACACACACACACAUACACAACACACACACACAUACACACACACACAGCCUUUUCUCUGCCCCCCCAUUGUUUGAGAUAAAACAUUAGGCAGUGGCAAUCCAGUCAGGCUGCAAUAGGACUUUGGGAUGGGAGAGGGGGGACCAAUAAUGAAAGAGGCCCUUAAGAGAAUAUUUUAUGAUGCAAUCCAUAUCUUUGAAAUAUCCUGUGCUACAAGUCUGCAAGGUGCCACGUCGCUUCUGGACUCCUUUUUGUCCAUUACUGCGGGCAGACGGUGCUACUCUCUUUGUGGGUUUCAGGUAUUUUCUCUUACUGCUUUAGAAACCCCAAAGCAAGCAGCAAUGCUUAUCUGAAGGCAUCCCAGUUCUGUAAAAGUUUGCAGAACACAUUGCGAAGAAGAAGAAAGUGUACCUUGCCACUCCCUCCCUAUUUUUGGAGUGGACAGUUGCUGCCCAGCUUACAAGGAAAAUAUUGAACAGAAACAAAUGAACAAAUAAAUCGUUAUCUUUUAUUACAUCUGUUCCUGUUUAGUGUUGGGGCUCUAUUUACAGCUGGAAUAGCAAGGGUAGUUGUGUGGCUAUUUAAGGCGGGGCAGGAAGUUCACCCUUGUGCUGCUUUGGCUCUUGUGAAAAUACUGCCCCUUCCCCAUCUGUAGAUGAUCCAUCUGCUAUAGCAGCCCUGUCCAAAUGGCAGCCCUCUACACUGAGGUAGGAGCAGUUUUGGAACAGACUCUUCUCACGCCACACUCCGCGUCUUUUUUUGAGACUGGAUAUGCCACUUCCUACGACUUCAAAGCAGAGGCUGAAAAGCAGUCAGAAAGAAAGGGUCGAAUUUGGUAUAAAGAAGUGUUUGAAACUCCUAUUGUUCUAGGUACAUUUUGUGACAGAGAGUUUCAUUAGCGUGAGAAGUUUAUGAACUCUGUGCGCAGUACUGCACUGUCCCUCAGACCUUGUGGGGGGGACUAUAUUUUUUUGGGGGGAAUGAACGAAUUCCUAUGCCCCACAAAUCACCCAGAGAUGCAUUUUAAAUAAAAGGGCACAUUCUACUCAUGUAAAAACACGCUGAUUCCUGGACCUCUGCGGGCCGGAUUUAGAAGGCGAUUGGGCUGGAUCUGGGCCCCCAGGCUUUAGUUUGCCUACCCAUGGCCUAAGAUUUCACAUCAAAACGGCAGAGUGGAAGGAAAGAGGUCCUUUUUCUGCCUCUCCACUUCCAGCUACUCUCUGAAGUCUGGAGAAGAGACCCUCUUAAGAAUAUUAGGGGGUGGGCAGGGGAAGGACUGGACCGUGUGAAAAAUGAACACAAUAUUUUAGCUGUAGUUCAUUCAUUUUCAGCUUUGUAUUCUUGCUAUAAAAAAAGUGUGCCUAGACAUUCCAUUGUUGCGACCAUAACCUCGGUUUAAGGUGCCAUUUAGCUCCUAGCUUUCAUAUCUCAAGUUUCUAACACUGGUAUAAAGGCAGAUUUGUUCACUCUGCAGAGCAGUGAAAUCAGAAUUUUGUAACUGUUUUAAUGCACACGUGUACAGGUUAUUGGCCAGAAAUAACUUCCGUAUGUGAAAUGAUCAAAGCAUCCAAAGAUUUCUCCCUAUCUCAUGGAUGGUUUAAAUUGGAGGCAGUCAGGCUACUGAAUACCAGUUUCUAGAAGCCACAGGAGGGAAAUGUGCUUUUGUUCUUGGGUCCUACAAGUAGUUUCCCACAGACUUUUAGUUGGCUACUGUGGAUGUAGCCUACCUUGAUUUCAGCAAGGCAUUUGACAAGGUGCCCCAUGAUAUUCUUGUAAAGAAGCUGGUAAAAUGCGGUCUUGACUAUGCUACCACUCAGUGGAUUUGUAACUGGCUGACUGACCGAACCCAAAGGGUGCUCAUCAAUGGUUCCUCUUCAUCCUGCAGAAGAGUGACUAGUGGGGUGCCACAGGGUUCUGUCUUGGGCCCGGUCUUAUUCAACAUCUUUAUCAACGACUUGGAUGAUGGACUCAAGGGCAUCCUGAUCAAAUCUGCAGAUGACACCAAACUGGGAGGGGUGGCUAACACCCCAGAGGACAGGAUCACACUUCAAAACGACCUUGACAGAUUAGAGAACUGGGCCAAAACAAACAAGAUGAAUUUUAACAGGGAGAAAUGUAAAGUAUUGCACUUGGGCAAAAGAAAUGAGAGGCACAAAUACAAGAUGGGUGACACCUGGCUUGAGAGCAGUACAUGUGAAAAGGAUCUAGGAGUCUUGGUUGACCACAAACUUGACAUGAGCCAACAGUGUGAUGCGGCAGCUAAAAAAGCCGAUGCAAUUCUGGGCCGCAUCAAUAGGAGUAUAUCAUCUAGAUCAAGGGAAGUAAUAGUGCCACUGUAUUCUGCUCUGGUCAGACCUCACCUGGAGUACUGUGUCCAGUUCUGGGCACCACAGUUCAAGAAGGACACUGACAAACUGGAACGUUGUCCAGAGGAGGGCAACCAAAAUGGUCAAAGGCCUGGAAACGAUGCCUUAUGAGGAACGGCUAAGGGAGCUGGGCAUGUUUAGCCUGGAGAAGAGGAGGUUAAGGGGUGAUAUGAUAGCCAUGUUCAAAUAUAUAAAAGGAUGUCACAUAGAGGAGGGAGAAAGGUUGUUUUCUGCUGCUCCAGAGAAGUGGAGCAAUGGAUCCAUACUACAAGAAAGAAGAUUCCACCUAAACAUUAGGAAGAACUUCCUGACAGUAAGAGCUGUUCGACAGUGGAAUUGGCUGCCAAGGAGUGUGGUGGAGUCUCCUUCUUUGGAGGUCUUUAAGCAGAGGCUUGACAACCAUAUGUCAGGAGUGCUCUGAUGGUGUUUCCUGCUUGGCAGGGGGUUGGACUCGAUGGCCCUUGUGGUCUCUUCCAACUCUAUGAUUCUAUGAUUCUAUGAGAACAGGAUGCAAUCUACACAGGCCAUUGAAGAUCCUGCAGGCUCUUCUUAGGUUUGUGUUCUCUCCCUCUCCCCGUAUGUAUGACAAUAACACAGGUUUCCAUUCAACUUGAAUUGCAACUCAGUUUGGGGAAAGGGCAUAGCUCCGUGGUAGAGCACCUGCUUUUCAUGUAGAAGGUUGCAAGUUCAAUCCCCGGCAGCUGCAGGUAGGGCUGGGAGACACGCUGCUACUCCAUGUAAACAGUACAAUGAUACCUUGGGUUACAGACGCUUCAGGUUACAGACUCCACUAACCCAGAAAUAGUACCUCAGGUUAAGAACUUUGCUUCAGGAUGAGAACAGAAAUCAGGCUCCAGUUGUGUGGCGGCAGCGAGAGGCUCCAUUAGCUAAAGUGGUACCUCAGGUUAAGAACAGUUUCAGGUUAAGACCGGACCUCCAGAAUGAAUUAAGUUCUUAACCCGAGGUACCACUGUACUGAGAUAGAUGGAGCAAUGGUCUGACUCACUAUGAGGCAGCUUCUUAUGCUUCUGUGGAAUCCUGUGUAUCCUAUGUACCUGGGACUAUUAAUGCAAUCCUGUUCAUGUCAACUCAAGUGAGUCCUGCAGAGUUCAGCAGUGCUUACUUCCAGGUAACUAUGUACAGGAUUGCAUCCUCAGGCCCAUUGAACUUGGUGGGCUCUCCUUCUGAGUAACAAACAUGCAUAGGAAGUGGACUAUCUGGGCCCCCAAGAGAUAUUGUCGAGAACGAGGAUUUAGGUUUAGCAUUCGUAAUCCUGUGAGGUGAUAAAUUAUCUUGUGACAAGCAUAUCACAUUCCGUGUUUGCCUUUAUGGAUGGGCCCUGUGUUUGCGCAGUAAGAAGGCUCUGUUUGUGAUAGCUGAUCUAUGAUAGCCAUUUCACCCAACCAUGCUGUGACGUGAAAGGUGCAGUGACCAAAUAGUAACGGUGACACCCUGGGAUGCCAGAGGAGGGAGUGGUCAUGCUAAAGAAAUCCACCCUGUGCAUUUCUGCAUCGCAAGCUUCUUUCAUCCGCAAUAAUUGGUUACCAUCAUUUUGCUUACGAUGUUAACAGUUGGGCUUGCUGUUCUGAGUAGAUUAUUUGCUGUGAGUGGCGUAAGGUCUCUUCUGUCAGAUUUCAAAGGCCAUUUUGCUUCUGCUGUACUAUUGAGCUUUGUAUGACAGAGAACAGCAAAGAUGGGCUUUCUUUCCAACUGUGUAUAAUAAUUUAUACUGCACUUCCUUCGCUAUCUCCCAAAAGCUUUCCCCCUUUUUGGCAGCAGGUAAAGCUGUUUGCCUGGGCUUAUGUAGGAUACUAUAGCUAGUAUGGAGCUUCAGUUAAGGAGUCAGUGAGUGGCUCUAAGUGGUUUUAUGGACCGUGAUUUUAAGGAUUUGUUUUACCUGCUCUUUUAAUAAUAUUGGAAUUAUUUAUGUAUUGAUCAUUGUACUGUACCCUGGGAUCUUAGGCUAAAGGACAGACUUAGAAGUGUUCUUAAUAGAUAAAUAAAACACAAUCAAUUUAAAAAAUUUAAUUAGCCACAUAGGAGGAGAUGUUUAGAUUUCAAUUAAGGCUCCAUCUAGGCCAGCAGUUCUCAACCUGUGGGUCCCCAGAUGUUGUUGGACUACAAUUCCCAUCAUCCCUGAGCUCUGGCCUUGCUAGCUAGAGGUGAUGGGAGUUGUAGUUCAACAACAUCUGGGGACCCACAGGUUGAGAAAGGCUGAUCUAGGCCAUGGGCAGGUAACCUGUCAUAUUGGAUUCCACUUCCCAUUAUGGCCGCUGGUUGGGGAGUCCAGUAAGAUCAAAAGGGCCAAAGAGUUAGCCAGUCCUGAUGUGGCCCAACAUCCUGCUUUGGGUAGUUGUUAGUCAGAUGCCUCCUUUAUUUAAGAGCCAUAGCUCAGUGACAGAGCAUCUUAUCUGCAUGCAGAGGGUCCUGAGUUCAAUCCCUGGCAUCUCCAGGCAUCAAAGGUCAGAUUUAUGUGCUUUUCCAGACAGCAGCAAGAAAAAGCAGGCAGUACUUAGCUUAAAACUUAGCUUAAAAAAUGGUAAGAGUUUCUAAAUUAUUUGUAUAGAAACAUAAAGAUGGCUUGCUAAAGCAAUGUUGUCUAAGCUUGGAAAAUCCAGUUUAGACAGCCUUACUACUUGGAUUCACAUGGUGGAAGAGGUGAGAGGGUAUGACCUAGCUAAACCUGGCAGGACAGCUGACUCUAUGGUUUUAACCCCUUCAUGCAUUAAUUUCACUUAAGCAUGUUGGUUAUAUAAGGCUGCUGAGGGUGCAGUUGAUUAUGAAAAGGAACUGAGAUGUCAGAUUUUCAAGCAAAGGUAAAAAUUAUCAUUGAUUUUCUGGAACAUACGAAAAGGUGAUCAUUGCAUUGCUGUUGUUCACUUUGACACUUGAGGCCUGUAACUUGAUCCAUGUAUCGAUUUCCAUGGUGUUCUGAGUGGGCUUAAUAAGGCCCUGGCUCUUUCAUACAGAAUCACAUUAGAACACCGUUUCCCCUAGUUCAAGAUGCUCCUUUGGCAUGAAGUGUGAGAGUGCAAAUUAUCCACCUGGAGGCUGUUGAAGGGGAUGCAAAGAAAGUUAUGCUUCCAUCUAAAGAACACUAAUCUUUAGUGGCGAACGUACAGCAAGCAAUGCUCAGUGCUAGAAAUGCAGUGAAGGGGACUCAAGAGUACACUGGGAAUGAAUCCACAUGAUACAACAAGAAUCUAAUUAGGGUUAGUAUGCAUUUGCCAUAUAAAUAUUUAAAACAAGUUGCUUACACUUGUCUGUCAUUUCAGUAGCUUUGCGACCAUUGGUUAGGACACUGGAAGACUGGUUCAGAUUUCAUUCUUACUGACCAAUCAGCUAGAACACUGUAGCUUGUCUUUUCCUUUAUAUUUCUGAAUAAAAAGGCUAGAGGGCUCAAGGCACUGUUUCUAGUUUGAUAAGCACUGAAGUGUUGCCAUGGCCUCCUUGUAGCCUGUAUUGAUUCUAAUGUGAACUUGCAAGAGCUGCGUAAUUUAUAUUUCUGUUUUAUUGAAUCAGAAACUCCUGUAUUGAAAAUAUUAACUGAAUAUCGAUUGCAGCUGCCCAUUUGAGAUAUUGGGCUUAUGUAGACUAAUGCAGAUGAUCAAGAACUUUAUCUAUUCAGUAUCUUACAAAAUUGUUAUAACAUUAUUUUUUUCAAAAAGAUUGGAAAUCCCUAAAGGCUUCACUUAAAUAUAUAUGUAUGGUUUUUUUUAAAAUAUAUAGAUUGUGUGGGUGUGUUAUCUUUAAAACAACAUAACCAGAAAGGUUUGCAGAAUAGGUGCUUUUUAAACUUGGAAGGGAGUCCUUGGUUUGUCCUGCUUUCUGAAAGGAAAAGUUAUUCUUAUUUUUGUAAGAUGGUGGUUGCUAAACAAAGGCUGCUCAGGUAUAGCAGACUGCUGAGUUGGUGGUGGAAUGAGGCAUGUGCAAAGAGAGUUUGUGUAAGCAUCUGCCUCCCUUUCAGCAGCUAGUCCUUAUCGCAAUGCCAUGGAUACAAUGUUUGCCAUAGCACUUUGAAUGCAGUCCAGCUGCUUAAUAGGGUGGUAGAGUGAAUUGCCAUAGCUUUGUUCGGCGUGAGUGUGCUGAGUGUGUUUUGAUUCUAAAGGUAAAGGGACCCCUGACCAUUAGGUCCAGUCGUGACCGGCUCUGGGGUUGCGGCGCUCAUCUUGCUUUACUGGCCGACGGAGCCAGCGUACAGCUUCCGGGUUAUGUGGCCAGCAUGACUAAGCUGCUUCUGGCGAACCAGACUAAGCUGACUAAGCUGCUUCUGGCACGGAAACGCCGUUUACCUUCCCGCUGGAGUGGUUCCUAUUUAUCUACUUGCACUUCGUGCUUUCGAACUGCUAGGUUGGCAGGAGCAGGGACCAAACAACGGGAGCUCAUCCCGUGGCGAGGAUUCGAACCGCCGACCUUCUGAUUGGCAAGCCCUAGGCUUGCACCACAGCGCCACCCAUUUGAUUCUACUGAAUGGCAAUUCUCAUGCAUCACUUCAGACAGAGUGAUGGUCAAAAUGGGAUAGCUGAGGUGAAUCGAGACAUGACAAAGUUAGGUACUUGGUGGUGCAAAGCAGUCCAAUCAGGACUCAGGUUCACUAUCCCAUGUGAGGGGAAAGGAUUGCUUGUUGUCUCCAGCCAAACAUCAUGCUCACCUCCUACUUCCUUGGGUGUGGGCUGUGCGCAGAGCAGUAAUAAUGGGGGCAGAUGCACUGAUGCUUAGUCAUAGUUUUGAGUCCUUUUUCUGUAUUAAAGUGCAGCAGGACUAAUAAUAAUAAUAAUAAUAAUAAUAAUUUUUAUUUAUACCCCGCCCUCCCCAGCCAAGGCUGGGCUCAGGGCGGCUAACAAGCAAUAAUAAAAACAAGUUGAAUGAUUACAACUUAAAAACAAAAUUAAAAUACAACAAGUCCAAGACGCUUGUAGCCUGAGGUGAAGAACAAGAUGACAAGCUCCCAUACCAUGUCCAGAAGCUGACUGAGCUGGUAGCUGGAUCUUGUUUUAACUCUGGCAACGAAACUUGGUUUUCUCCUGCACUUGAGGGCAACAGACUAGCUUAGGGGCUCAGAAGUGGUCACGUGGUACACAGCUCUGUCGUUCACCAUCUCAGUGCCACUCCUCACUCCACCGUGAUGGCUGGGAACUUUGCUUGGGGCAGCUUUGCUCCAGCCACAAGUGGAACUCCAAAUCUUAAUGCACUUCUUCAAGCUUGGGUGACUCAAGCUUCAGGUUUGACUGCUGAAUGUAGAUUUCUCAUUAUCAUUUCAUUACCUGGAAAUGUAUUUGAGUGUAUGUGGAUCAGAAAUUCCUUAAAAUGAUUCUGGUAUUUGGAUUUUGUUUCUGACUCGUCUCUGAUGCAGAAGCAAAGGACAAAGUUAAUGGGAAUUUUGAAAACAGUAUUUUGCUCCUUAAUAAUUCAUUUUCAACAAAUGGUCACAAUAUUUGGUGGCAGCACUGAUGAACCAACUUGCACAUAUUGGAAUAUUGGACUUGGAAUAUUGCAGUCUUUAAGUUACCAGGGUGCCAUUUCAGUCAGUUGAGCUGCAGUAAGAGGUAAUGAUAAUCAGGGGUAGAGGUUGCUCUGAAACAAUAAUCUCAAGUGAUCUGAAACAUGGGGUUAUAUCCUGUCUUGGUCAUACUAGCAGUAGACCCAUUGAAGUUAAUAGACAUGAUUAACUUAAGUCCCUUAAUUUCCAUGGUUUUACUCCGAGAAGAACUUACUUGGAUACAAACUGCAGGAGGGAAGAAUGAUUUCCACAUGCCCCUUCCUCUAAAUGCCCCAUGCAAUUUCAUGGACUAGCUAGCAGAGCAGUAGUCUUCAGCAUUUUUGAGCACCUGCCUUUAAUCCAGGCAUAGGCAAACUCAGCUCUCCAGAUGUUUUGGGACUACAACUCCCAUCAUCCCUAGCUAACAGGACCAGUGGUCAGGGAUGAUGGGAGUUGUAGUCCCAAAACAGCUGGAGGGCCAAGUUUGCCUAUGCCUGCUUUAAUCCAAACAUGCAUUUGGGAACCCAACGCUUUUCCUUUCAUUCACAUAUUUGCUGCUGCUGCUGCUGCUGCUGCUGUGGUGACUGACCUUAGAUCAGGCCACAAGCUGAAAGUGGGACCCAACCCAGUUGAAGACUGGGCUGCUUGUCAAUCUAUAUUUCUCUAUUGCUUUGUAAAUCUCUAUUUCUGGUACCCUGUGCCUCUGUGAAGGUGCUGUGGAGUUCCUGUUGAAUGGCCCAUACAAUGCCGCCACCCUGCAGAAGCCUUUAACUGGUGGCAUUGCCAUUCACCGAAGAUUAAGGAUGUCUUUGCCUUCCCAGCUGACUGUAGUUAAAAAACUUCUCUGUUUCCAAAAUGGCUCUGGGGCUGGUGGUAGCAGUUGCCAACGUGUGCUUUUAAUUUAAAAUCUCAUUCAGCCUUUUUGUAUAAUAAGCAUUCGGGUGAGUGCUCACUGUCACCUCUAAUUUAAAAAGACCCCAUCGCCUCCUUGUGACACCCUGCGCUUCCGGAGAGGGUUGCGCUGUUGCGCUUGCCUGUGGUGUAUUUUCUCACUCCUUGCACCUGACCGGCACAGCAUAAAUAUAGGCCGCCGGAGUCUGCUGAAUCAAGCUCUUUUGACAGUUGUAAUUGGGCCAGCGAGGAACAAUGAAACCAUAUUGUGGUUUUUGAGAUCAAAUAAGCUGAGCAAACUCCCGCAAUUGCCGCCAUAUGUUUGUGACAGCAGCGGCUCUUCCUAGCCGAGCUCAGCAGGCGCAGACUGAACAGCAUGGCUGGGGGGGGGGGAAGGUUGAGCCUUAAGCUUUCAACCUCCCUUCUUUCAGGCUUCUUGUUUGUUUAAUCUUUGAAGCUGAAAAAUCUCCAAGAACAGCAGCUGUGACGCUCUUGAGAACCAGAACAAAAGGUAGCACUGUCAGAAUAGGGCCACGAAGCCUGCUUCUCAGCUCCCGAAGAUAGGUUUACAAGGGCUCUAUGGAAAGGGAGGGGGCAGGGCUGUGGGGAGAUGUGUAUUGUGAAGUUGAGAUGGUGGGGUGUAGAAUAAAUGAAUAAAGUAACAAGCUCUGAUGCAUGCAUGCCAUGGGCCAUUAUGCAGAAACAAAACCUGUUGCUUCCCCCUGAGAAAAAUCUUUAAAAGCAUUUGACCCACAAAAUGGCUUAAACAUGCCUGACAGCAGGUGGUAAACAAACAAACAAACAAACAAACAAACAAACAAACAAAACUUUUAUAUGCCAUCAUCAUUAAAUUGGCCUGGUGCCUUCCAGGUGUUUUGGGCUACAGCGCACUAUUGCAAUUCAAAACAUCUUCCGGGAACUAGGUUGGUGAAGGGGUCUCAUUUCAGAGCUAUGAAGUGGAAGCCUCUUUUUUGAAUCUCAGCUUGGCGCUGAACCCCCUAAAUGACCUUAUUCAGACCCUUAUCCCUCCUGAGUCUUACAUACCUAAUAACUUUGACUGAAUCAAGGCUGUGGUGAUUUUUAUGCAAGUAGGUUGUUAAAAACAAAAGGAAAGCGUGGAAUUAAUUUUUUUAAAGUGAACCUACCUUCCUGCUUGGGACGCGGGUGGCGCUGUGGGUUAAACUACAGAGCCUAGGACUUGCCGAUCAGAAGGUCGGCGGUUUGAAUCCCCGCGAUGGGGUGAGCUCCCAUUGCUCAGUCCCUGCUCCCGCCAACCUAGCAGUUCGAAAACACGUCAAAGUGCAAGUAGAUAAAUAGGUACCGCUCCGGCGGGAAGGUAAACAGCGUUUCCGUGCGCUGCUCUGGUUCGCCAGAAGCGGCUUAGUCCUGCUGGCCACAUGACCCGGAAGCUGUACGCCGGCUCCCUCGGCCAGUAAAGCGAGAUGAGCGCCGCAACCCCAGAGUCGGCCACGGCUGGACCUAAUGGUCAGGGGUCCCUUUACCUUUACCUUCCUGCUCUGCUUGUUGAAAAUGAUAUGUCAGGAUAUUUGAUGCCCCUUACAAGGCCAGUCCGGAAGAUAGUGUCCCCAGAAAGAUGCUGUGCCCAGGAGAUUGCCUGUCCACCAGUGUGUGAGGGAAGCUGCCCAGACACUUCAGACGCUUUCUCUGAUUAUUCAGAGCAUUCAGAAAGAUAUCAGCAGGCCCAAUAACCAAGCCAAACGCCUUGGCCAGAGGCUGCUGCAUCCAGCCCAGGUGCCAGUUCUUUUCACAUAUCUCCUCAGGCCGCACUGCUGUUCUCCUUCAUAAUAUCAGCCAUGCCAUCCAGGGUCAUUCCCCAACGCAGUGUGUCCUUGUCAGCAUUGCUCUUCUGUGGUCAACGCAGGACAAGCAAGUCAGUCUCUGCACAAAGGAGCAAAUGGGAAACGGAUCUGACAUAAAGAAACGGCAACAUUCAAGCAACAAGUGGGCGAACAUUUCAGUCUCCCAGGACACUUUGCUCACUGAGCUGGCAGUUGUCAGUCUAAAACAAAGGAACUUCAAAGGGAGACCACAGUGUGAAGCUGUUGGACUAGAAUUUAUCGGGGAAUUUGAUUCUAUUUAUUUAGCCUUGAAUAGAGACAAUGGCAUCCCCUCUCACUACAGGGGUGAGUUAACGUACUGCCAUAGUGAAUUGCCACUUUGCUUAUCUUAUAUACAUUUGAACGUUGCAUACAAUUGUUUCAGACUGGGCCUCUCGCUGUUGUUUUGCGCCACUGUUUAUAUCCCCCCCCCCCCGUUCCCAUUGUGCAUACUUGCCAACUGAGGAGAACAGUUCGUGCACCUGACAAGGUUGGCCCUAGUCCACUGAAUUUUAUGCCAUGAUAAAUCUGUUAGUUUUUAAGAUGACGUAAGACUGUUUUUGUUUUGUUUUUGCGGCAGCCAACUAAGACAGCUACAUGUCUGGACAAUUUUACGGAAGGUGCACUGAAAAUUUGCUUACCUUUCUGUAAAAAUAAAAUUGGGCACCCGCCCUGUGAAACGCCCUCCCACCAGAUGUCAAAGAGAAAAACAACUACCAGACUUUUAGAAGACAUCUGAAGGCAGCCCUGUUUAGGGAAGCUUUUAAUGUUUAACAGACUUGUAUUUUAAUAUUUUGUUGGAAGCCACCCAGAGUGGCUGGGGAAACACAGCCAGAUGGGUGGGGCAUAAAUAAAUUAUUAUUAUUAUUAUUAUUAUUAUUAUUAUUAUUAUUAUGUUUUGCCAUGAAAGUUGGCCUCCAGAACCACGUCAGUUUGCCCUGAUUCAUCCACCACCAAUUCCAAUGAGUAUUUUGGUUGCAGUUCCUAGAUCAUAUAUAUUGACUAUCUUUAAUUAUCCCAACAGGAAUGCCAGUGGCAUCCAAUGGUAGGUUAUCGGUUGAGCUAAGUUAAUUUUUGUUACAGCAUCCUAGAAAAGCUUUUAUUGUGCUGCCUUUCUUACUAACCGUGCAUGGGCGUUUGCUUGCUGGUUUCUAUCCACUUCUCUAAAGUUUAUCCUGCAUCUAAAAACUUGCACUAUAUAUAUUCUUCACACAAUUAUUGUGGAGCAGAGCUGGCUCCUUUGGCCCUGGCCCUCCCGAGGCGCCCAUGCAUUGGGGCACACAUCUGAACUGCAAAGCCUGUGCUGAAGCAGCUGCUGGGUGUGUGGUCUUCCACACAAGGAGGCCACCCAUGUGAUCAGGAGAGCCACUUGCAUGGAAGCCUAUGAGCAAGCAGCUGCUCACCCAAAGGCUUCAUAAAGGCAGGUAUCUGGUCCCACACAUGGAUGCCUAGGAGGUUGGGCCAGCAACAGAGAAUUGGAGAAUUCUACAGUUUGAAGGGUCCACGAGUUUCAUCUACUCCAGCCCCCUGCAGUGCAGGAACCUCAGGAGCCAGAUGUGGCCCUCCAGGCCCUUCUGUUUGGCCCUCCAAACUCUCCCCAGGCCACACCACUCAGUGGCCCUGCUUUGCACCCGAAAGAGUGUUUGUCUGGCUGCAAUUUGCCUUUGAACUCCCAUUAUACUUCUUGCUUGGAUGGGAGAUAGAGAUGCGCCUGAGUAGAAACUAGCCUACGGUACAAAGGCAAAGAAUUACAUUUGUUGCUCCACCUACUUUUGCUUCUGACCUCACCUUCCCACUGGCAUGUGACCCUCAGAAAGUUGUGCAGAAGUUGCCUCUGUCCCCACAGUAAAAGCAUUAAUUAUUGUGCAAUUACACUGUUUCCAAAACAUUUUGUAAUAUUGUUUUGAAGAUAUCCAACUCUCUUCUGAGUUGAUGCCAUUAACCAAAGAAAUGCUAACAAUUUUGUAAGGGUUGAAUAUAAUUGGUUCGUGGUACGAAAGCCUAACCCGCGAAAACUGAAUAGGAGUGCUUUUUCCUUCGCCAUUUCAACAGCCAUCUCUGCAUGAGAUAUAAACCGAUUAUUUGUGAGAAAAUCUGCAUAUGCUUUAAUUAGUAAUUUUUUUCCUCUUCCAGGCAAGAACAGGUCAGUGUUCUGUAUCAGAACAUCAAUAUCGUGGAACCACGGUUAAUUCAACCUUAUGAGCAUGUUAUUAAGAACUUUAUUCGAGAGAUCAAGCUUCAGAGUGCAGAGAUGGAAAACUUAGCCAUAGCUGUAAAAAGGUAAGAGUCAAAUGUUUUGUACUUCACAGUGAAACAAUUACUAUUUUUGUCUGCAGUACAUGGUGUUGUUUAAAGUCACAUGAUAAUGUUAAUGGCAGCAUUCAACUGCCAAAAUUGCACUGUGAGUUGGAUGAGGCUGGUGGGUGUGAGAAGUCAAAAUUAGCAUUGGUUGUCCUGGAGUUUCUGAGAAGCUGAAUGAAGUGCUUAAGAUCCAAAGGCAGACUAUUAGCCUAAUAUCAUUCUUUUUCAUGCUAUGUUUUUUCCUUGCAAUCAUGGGGUUAUCUCCUCAGAGUAGACCCACUGGAAUUAAUGGACACAACCAACUUAAGUUCAUUCAUUUCAGUGAGUAUAACAUGGCUGGACACAACCAAAAUUCCUUCCUUAUGGAAUCGGGAUUGUAACUUUAAAAAAAAUGUCCUCUCAGAAGUCUGUUUUACUUUAAAGUUAUACCUUUGAACACACAUAUGUAAAAAGGAAAUAGUUAUCAAUUAUAUACUGUUCAAGCAGUAUGACAUCCAGGCCGAUAUGACUGGUGAAAUUUUGUUGCUGAUGGUGUAUAUCCAUGAGAAGCAACAGUUUUAGGUCCCAGCUGAUCUACCUUUUUGUGGUAACACAUCAUAGGAAGUUGGCAGCAGAAAGGGAAGCGGAAAAUGAAGUUGCCUUCUUUGUGCUGCCGUGAGAAGAUGUUCAGAAUGGUGUGUGGAAAACCAGUUCACAUACAGUUCUGCACAUCAUUUGCAGCCACAGCUUUGGUAAUUGGAUGCCCUAAGCAGUUACAAUGCUUGAGAUAUCCGUGUAGCAUGUACCAUCCUAAGAGAAUUGGGUUGCUUUUAAUGACAGUAAUGAGAAUCAGGUGACUUUAAUUUGGAGUUGCCGAUCUGCACUAUACAUUUAAAGCAGUAUCAUACCACUUUAAACAGCCACGGCUUCCUGCCUGAGAACUGCAAUUCGUAAGAGGUGCUGGGAGUUGUUAGGAAACCUUCUGUUCCUCCCAAAGUGCUGCGAUUCCCAGAAUUUCCUGGGAAGAGGGACUGUUUGAUGAACUACUCUGUAGAUCAGGCAUGUCCAAAGUCCAUUUCGGCGGCCUAAUCAGGUCCACCAGUCAGUUUAUUUCCUGGGGUAAAAUCCAAAAAAACCCUCAACAACUUCAACCCUAAAAAAGCUCAACAACUUUGGUUAUCCCUUUGGUCAGCCCUCAUGGCCCUUCACUUCAUCAAAUCUGGCCCUCUUUGAAAAAAGUUUGAACUCCACUGUUGUAGAUUGUAGCUCUACUACUGGCAUAGGGACCUCAAACUUCAAGCACUCUUUACGAACUACAGUUCCCAGAAUUCAUUGGGGGGAGCCGUUAUUAUUUAAAGUGGAAUGAUGCUGCUUUGCAGAUCAGACCAAGGUCUUUGUUCACCUUUCCCCAGAUGCCUGACUUGCAACAUCUUGAGCCACCGAUUCAGGUUAGGGAUGGAACAAACCAUGUAUUCUCAGUUUUAUUUGAAGUUUCUCAAGAUGGCCUUGUGUGAAUGCUUACAUUUUAGAGCACAAGAUAAAGCAGCAAUGCAGCUGGGUGAACUGGAAGAGGAGAUGGACCAGAGAAUACAGGCUGCAGAGCAUAAAAUCAAGAAGGAGGUGAAUAGUUGAUGUUUAUAGCCCUAAUAUUUCUUUUAGAACUGGCUUCUCUGCUUAAGAAAACUAGUGAAGAGAUUCUGGCUUCUCUGCCUGAGGCUUCAUACAUGAAACCUUUCUCUGCAUUCUUUCUCCUCCCAAUUUGCCAUGGAUGUGAAAGGUAUGAAGGUCAGAGCUUUCUCCACCUCAGUUUUUGGGUGGGGAGCAUUAAUACGGAAAGGGUGACUGGGUUGGUGCUGUUUUCAGUGCCUGUGAGAAACUUUUUUUAGGCCAGAUAGAGGCUGAUGUGCCUUUUAAUUGGAACUUUUCUUUUCUUAAAUGUACAUUUUAAACUACUGGUUGUAUCUAUACCAGGGGUUUUCUUUUAGCUCAGCUUUUGUGUGUGUGACUUUUUUGAGAAAUUGCCUGAUCCACAUGAUGGGCAAGCAACUUGCCUGCUGUAUAGCAGCAGUCAGCAUACAGUUCCCUUGAACGUGGUGGCUCUAAAACUGGCCCUAAUAGAAGAAUUAGAACUAGUUGUUUACUGACUAGUAGUAAUAUAGAGGUUUUAAGCUGCUGCAUUUCUGUGUUUCAUUCCUAAGUACCAUAUUUUUCGCUCUAUAAGAUGCACCAGACCAUAAGACACAUCUAGUUUUUGGAGGAGGAAAACAAGAAAAAAAAUAUUCUGAAUCCCAGAAGCCAGAACAGCAAGAGGGAUUGCUGCGCAGUGAAAGCAGCGAUCCCUCUUGCUGUUCUGGCUUCUGGGAUAGCUGCGCAGCCUGCAUUCGCUCCAUAAGACGCACACACAGUUCCCCUUACUUUUUAGGAGGGGAAAAGUGCAUCUUAUAGAGCGAAAAAUACGGUACCUCCAGCCUGCACAUUCAACAGAGCACAGGUUCUUUAAAUUGCAUGCAAACGACUCUUCCUCCCACCUCUUUCGAUUGCUUAGUUACUCAUUGAAGGAGCCUCUGAGUUGUCAAAGGUUGUGUCCACAAUUGAGAGGGCUUUCUCAGUUGCGCCUAAGGCGCAGGUGAUGAACAUUGGGCUCUUCAGUUAAUGCUGGACUCCAGUUCCCAUCUGCAUGACCAGUAGUCAGGGAUGAGGGGUGUUGAAGUCCAGCAACAUAUGGUGGGCCACAGGUUCUCUACCCCAAGCCUAAGGCAAGCUGGCCCAAGCUGUGACUCGCUUAGGCAAUUGACCCCACCAGCCAUGCAUACCUAGGUGUUGAUAAACCUCCUCUUUUUGCUGUCUUCCUGGAACUUCACAUGGGGGGCUUGUUAAGCAUCUAGUUAGGGCCCACUACCUGAGUAGCAGACUACCUUUCUCUUGUGAUGUGUGUAGUGUAGAAGACAUCGCAGGUUGUGCAGGCCUGCCUUAAGAGCUUGUGUGUGCGCAGCGAUGGAAUGGCGGGCUGCACACCUGACCACAUGUGACUUCUAAAACGUCCCUGAGGCUCUGAAGCAUUUGAAUUAGUAGGGGGGCAGUGGGGUGGAGGCUGUUCUUUGUGAAGUCCAAACCGCAGCUGGUAAUUCACAGCUGAUCCCACAGAUCUCUGAGCACUGGCCUUACCAUGGACUUUGAACCCACCUUAUAAAUGUAUCAGUAUUUCCCUAAGCACACACACACACAAUGGAAUGUCUGAGUUGAUAAGCAUCUUGCCAAGUAUCAGUCAAUUUACCACCUAGAUAGAAAUAGCAGGGCUGGCCUGGUGAUGACUUAUUUCACUUAUCAUUCUUUACUCUGUCCUUCAUUCAGUCCUGCUCGCAAUUUUGAGAAGUAUGACACCCCAAAUGUAAAUGCACUCCUUCGGUGAUAUUUACUUUGUGGGUUAGUACCGAACUAUAAAUUUUAAUGGUAACCAUGUACACAGUUAUUACUGAUGCAGGGCUGACUUACGACACAGUCACCUUGUAUUUUGUGUUCUUGCUUGUCAAUGCCAUGGGAUUUCCCUGCACUUCUUUUCAUAUUGUGGGUUGCACAACAUGUAUCCAUAAGCAUAUGCCCAACUCUCACACAUGCAUAGCCACGUGUAGAAACAUUAAGGGUAGCCCAAAAUAUUUUUGUUGCACUGUAAUGGGAAGAGAUGCCUCCCAGACAUGUGAUGGUGUAAAAGUACAUUGCUUAAGCAAUGUAAUUUAACAAAUAUAUCAUGCCUGUAGGAGAAGCGGAAAACAGAAGAGGCUCUGAAUGACCUCAAGCGCCAAUACGAGGCUGAAGUGGAUGAGCUCCAAGUGACGAUAAAAAAACUUAAAAUGGUAAGUUGUGCUGACUUUUGCGGUGGUCUGGCGUUUGCGACAAAUUUAUUGGGAGUCAAUCCUCUGAUACAUUUGCUGCUAUCUUUGAAGUAAUUAAGGGUAUAUCACACUUCAGAGGAUGAGCCUGGAACUUCAUCUUGCUGGAAGGUUGUUUGUAAGAUUGAAGUCUAUGAGUUGAAGGAGAAGAAGUGCUGCAAAGCCAUUCUUUCUGAGAAAGGAAGGAAGCAGUUGCUUUCAGAGUGCUUUCAUAAACGAUGAUGUCAGGUCUCAGUAAGGGUUUCACUUCACUCAAGGCUGCAUCUGUGGCACUGUGUGUGUAGAACUGUUUGAGAAUUACUGUUUUAUAUUAUCCAAAUAAAUACAUAAAAUUAUUAAUGUUCACAGUUACAAAAGCAGACUUUAAAUAGCCACCCACCUAUUGCUUGUGAUGGGUGUGAAUCCUCUUUAGCUAAUCAGAUGGGGAGACGUUCCUUUCAUAAAUGGAAAAGCAGUCAGUUCCUUGCCUUUGUAGGUUAUUGGCACACCACUGUAGCUCAGAGGCAGAGUAUCAGUUUCGCAUGCAGAAGAUUCCAGGUUCAUUCCCCAGUAUCUCCAGGUAGUUCUGGGAAUGUCCCCUGUCCUGAAACUUUGGGGAACAGCUGCCAGUCUGUGUAGACACUAAAGAGGUAGGUAGGCCAGUGGUUUGACUCAGUAGAAGGCAGCUUCCCAUGUUCCACAGUUGGGCCAAAGUUGCUAAGAGCAGGCAAGGAACUGUUUUUGUGAUAGUCGUUUUUGUCUUAUUUUCAAGGCUGUACUGAAAUGCUUUGUAGUUUGUCUGUUUUUGUUUUUUUAAAACUCCCCACUGUACUGCUUGAUCUCUUUCUACUGCUCUUCAUGCAUUCUAAUGUGUCCAUCAAAGUUAUUUUGUUACAUCAAUCACACUGUCUUUACUGUUUCAGCUUGAAGAGCAAUCUAAAAACAUUCAUCACAAAGAAGAUUUGGUGGCAUUAAAGAACAGGAUACAUGAUCUGACCUUGGUAUGAGCUGCAUUAUAAUUUUCCUACUCGGGGUGAUCAUUGUGCCUGUCGCGCUUCGAUAUGAUCGGUAUCUUUACCACCCAUCAUAUUUAAGUAGCUUGUUGGGCGAUGGCAUUUUCUUGAAAAUUGUUGAGGUUGUAAAGGAGGAUGACUGGCAUUUCAGAGGGAGAAGAAAUUAUACUGUUUAAGCUGCGUAUAUCAUGCUUGGGUGUCAUUUUCACACAUUAGCAAUGGAGAAUGUAUAGGUAUUACAGGACACUGGCUUUUCAAAGUAAGAAUAACUUUCUCAUUUCCUUCUCACAGAAAAUAGUUUUGGCCAGUUCUCUUCUGUGGACCCAGUUUCUUAACAAAUGUUGCCUCAAGCUCUUUAAGUGAGGUUGGGUUAAUAUUAACUGAUCUGGGGCCGGCUAGAAUAACUUCUGUGUAGUCACCUCUUCAUAUUGGAAACCUAAUUGGAAAGUACAUGUUGUGUUUACUUUUCAUUUCAUGAAAUUUCCAUGCUGCCAUCACCAUUAGCAGACAUGGGAACUUACAGCUGUGACUGAAGACAUUUUCAUGUCUUAGUGGCAUUAUAUGGUAUUGUCUUCUCUACAGAUGUUUGUGGAGGAGUCUCCAUGUAGGACUGUAACAUGUAGACUGGCCUUGAGGCAUUUAUGCACUUUAAAUGGGCUAUGAGUUUGCACAUCAAGCAUUUUCAUAUUAUCAUUUCGUAGUUAGUAGCAGUGAAUAUUUUAUUCUUAGGUAUUUUUGAACAUGCAUUACAUAUGUAACAAGUGAUUUUUAAUCAGUAAUAUUGUUUUUCCCUGGUUUAUUUUCAGGAAAACCAGAAACUUAAGAAAGAUCUUAUGGAAGCACAGACAAAUAUCGCUUUCCUUCAGAGCGAGUUAGAUACUUUGAAAAGCGAUCUUGCAGAUCAGAGCUUGAGUUCAGAAAGGUAAGAGUCUUCAGUAGUCAUAUUUGUAGAAAAUUGGUUAUUUAGUUCCCUGUGUAUACUCUGGUCAGUAAAGAAAACUAAUUGUGCAAAUUUUUGUUUUGUAGAGAACUAGAAAUGAUCAGAGAAUACACGGAAGACAGAGAUAGUCUGGAGAGGCAGAUAGACAUUCUACAGUAAGCUGCCAAUAAAUCACUUUUUAUUUAUGGACUUUUAUACUUAAAGCUUGGGCACCUAUAAUAAAAUGAGAGAAAAGCAGAUGUACUUGGCUGUAAUGAAAAGUUUUGCUGGUUCCCUAACCUGCAUUUCUGCCCCCCCCAUUUGAUAUAUUAAAUAUUAUGGCCAGACAGGUAAGCCUUUAGACUGCAUUCCUUGAAGGCUGUUUGUUCACAUAUCAAGAAAGCAUUGAAUCAGUGAGUUAUUUAGUGGGUUUUUUUACAUUUAUGGGGUCUUUCAGACCUGAGUUUCUUAAUUAUGCCUUUUUGCUUUCAACUCGAAAUCAGCUUUGGCUUUGAAUUUAGCGAAUUGCUGACAGGUUAAUGCCUUUAUAUCAGCUGCUGCAUCACCUGUCAAAGGAACUUGCAAAGUUAAAAAGAACAAGCUAGACCCAGAAAAAUAACAGAACAGUCAAACCCCCGCCCCUAUUGUAGGACCUUUCAGGGAGCAUCACGUGAUAGAUGAGAAUCUCCUCCCCUACUUUGGGGUUACUGUAAGAGUCUAAAUGGCAUUAAUGUGAUUCCUUAUGCUGUCUUUGAUGCAAUGAUUUAUACUGAUCCAUUGUGCCACUAUCACAAAAGUCAAGGUCACCUUAUUAAACACCCUUCUAUCUGUUGGCUUUCAAAAUGCCAGAUGAUUGAAACUCUACAAUCUAAUUCUGAUACCUUCUGAAUAUGAAUAAUUUUGUUUGUCCUGGCUUGUUUUUUAGGUCAGCCAACAGGAAACUUCACGACAGCAAUGAUGGCUUAAGAAGCGCAUUAGAGAAUAGCUGGAGCAUGUACAACAGAUCGCUGGUAGGCAGCAACCUUGCAUAAGCAAUAUGUUUAAAUAAUUGUGCAGUAAUAUAAAUAUUUGCUCUUGGUUAUACCAAUAUAAGCCGUAAGAUAGUGAUGGAAAUAAUGUAGUCAUUCUGGUUUGAUGCCAAAGUAACUCACAGCGUGAUCUUGUGGACUUUUACUCAAAAGCAAGCCCCGUCAAGUUAAAUGAAGCUUACUCCCUGGUAAAUUAGGAAUUAUAGUUGCCACCAGAGAGUAUAUGUUGUUCUCUUCUGCAAAGCUAAUGUACUGGAACUUUUCUCUAUAUAGGUUAAAUUAUGUUUUAGUCACAUAAGGAAAAACAGGUGGGCAACAAACAAACAAAAAACCCUCACAUGGAAAUCCUUCAUUUACACUAUUUUGCCCCUGAUUGGACCACAGAAAAGGGGCUGAAUGCUGUUAUGCUAGUGUAGCUCUUGCUUUGCGUUUUAUCUAGUGCUGUCUGUGUCAAAGUCGACCAGACUUCUGCUUGCAAAGCAGGACGUUACCUUCUCCUCACCCCACAGCCCUCUGUGCAGCCUCAAAAUCAGUUUCGGGGUGGGGGAGAUUGUUGCCCUACCUGCCCAAUGUUGAAUACUACCCUUUGGCUUUGAACAUUCCAAAAUAACAAAAAAAAAAUGUCCAGAAUCAAGACUACCUAAAGAGUACAGUUAGCUAAAGAGUACAGUGGUACCUUGGUUUGUGAACUUAAUCCGUUCCAGAAGUCUGUUCUUAAACCAAAGCCUUCUUAAACCAAGGCGUGCUUUCCCACAGCAGCGGGGGACUCAAUUUACAAAUGGAACACACUCAACAGGAAGCAAAACAUGUUCUUAUUCCAAGGCAAAGUUUACAAACCAAAACACCUACUUCCGGGUUUGCUGCGUUAAUCCAAGUUGUUCAUAAACUAAGCUGUUCUUAAACCAACGUACCACUGUAUGUUACAAGCCAGGUGUUCUGAAAAGCUUUCUUUACCUAUGUUUUCCAGCGUCUGACAAACACUUCUCCAGGGAAUACUCUCGCCAGAAGCAGUCCCAAAUGCAGCGGCGGCCAGUCUCCCCAAAAUCCACGAUAUGACAGGUAGAACUGAUACAGGUGUUACUUUAUUUUUUCCAGAUCUUAGCAAUUUAAAAGAGACCUUUCAGGCAGUGAUCCUUUAAACACAAGCACUUUCUGAAAAUACUUUUCGCUGAAAUUGAUGAGACUUGGUUCUAAGCUACUGCGUUUCGAGGCCUGCAAUGCCAGCAAAGCAUCACAGUUGGAAAAAAGUUAGAGCUAAGCGUCUUCCCUCUGUAUCAAGUCUGUGUUUGUGUGUGAUGGGGGAAGCCACUAUUCAUUGGAACUUGCCCUAUUUAAAUCUAGGAGGACUGGGAAUGCUUAAUGCCUUUCUGAGACAUGUAAAGAGCACAGACUCACAUCCCUAAUCUUCUGUUUUAAGUGAUUAAAGUUGCUGGUAGAUCCAGACGCAUUGAUUGGCUGCCUUACCCCAUGCUGCUCUCUAGUGGAGUUAAUGAUCAGCGAGCAGCAAGGGACAUGCUGCUGCCAGCUGACUAUUAGGAACAACCCGUUUGGAUUCCAUCCAGAGUAAAGUUAGCACUUCUCAUACACUAACUGUUCUCGGCAUUUCUACCCGGAUGAAUAAUUUUGCAAACUUGGGGUUGGCACUGCAAGCGUUUCUAGAAUAUCAAGGACAGUAAAUGUUCAUUGAACUUCAGAGCAAGGUCCUUGCAACCUUCUUUUCUUGAACGUGCAUUGUUCCCUGUUCAGUGAAGAACUGGAAUAACUCUUUCAUAUCUGCAGAAAGCCAAAACAUUAAUCAGUCCUCCAGUGGUUUACCAUUAUGCUUUCUUUAAUGUUUCCUUAGCAAAGUGUAUCUCAGGGAAUUUGGAAACGAUCUUCCAACUCUACAAUUCUGUGAUUCAAAAUUAGGAGACGAUUAACCAUGUGCCUUAGAUUUGAACUAAGAGGUGAUGAGGAAAGGAAAAUGAGAGGGUGGUGGAAGGAGAGACUCCAAGGUAGCAGACUGAGAACUUGAAACAGUGGCCCAGCUUCAGUGAUCGUGUGUGUGUGUGUGUGUGUGUGUGUGUCUGAGUACGAUUAGUGGGGGAAAUGGAAGCAGGACUCGCAGUUGGGCUGUUCUGGAAAGGCAGAAAAAUGGCAUGCAGUGUGUGUCUUGUGGCUCUUGCGCACACCAGUAUUAUUUGGCUGUAGAUAAGGAACUUUGUCAGCCAAUGUUAUGGAAUGUUGUUUCUCCAUUCAGGUCAUACCAUUCGUCCUAUAUGGAUGAAGACUACGAUUCUCUGGCCCUUUGUGACCCUAUGCAGAGGACAAACUGUGAGGUUGACAGCCUGCCCGAAAGCUGCUUUGACAGUGGCUUGUCUACCUUGAGAGAUUCAAAUGAUUAUGAUUCAGAAGUGGACUCUAAACACCAAAGGAUUUCUCAGAGGCCACAGGGUCUGCGUGAAAGCUUUACGGGUGACGCUUCUGAUACAGAUGUAAGCUCCAGACUUAGCUGCAUUUUAAAAAGAGACAAAAUUACUACUUGCUAUCUAUUGAGAGAACCCAACAGUUUCAUAUAAGUAAGAAAUAAAGUACUGGGUCUGAGUUAUUACUGUGUAUGCACAGACCAAAAGGGGGAGGAAUCAAUAUGUAUAAGGUGGCUGUGAGGUUUAUUUUGUGGAAUGUUUGCUCACACAUGUCUGAUUUGUGAGCACACAGAAUGGUUUUUGUAGAGACCUGAUUAAAAUAAAAUGAAAUUCAUGAAUGAAAUGUAUGCUAAUCCACAAAGGACAGCAUGUUUGAUAUGGCAGUGAUCUACUUAAGGCCCGCAUAUCGGAGAGAAUGAUAACCAUCUAUGGUCAUUCGCAAGCCUCCAAAAAUCAAGAUUGUGGAAGCCACUUCUUAGGUAUUAUGCAAGCCUUCUUCAUAUGUUUGAAGGAUACACCAUAUGGAAAGGGAAGGGGGAUGUACUGUACCCCAUCCCAUAGAUCAUGUAGCUCCUUGGCUCUGUGUCUCUUGCCCUCCCCUCAUCUCCAUUCAUUGAGUAUGGUUGUUUGACCAGUACUUUUCAGUACUGGCCCAGACUUGGUGGAACGCUCCGACACAAGAGACUAGGGCCCUGCGGGACUUGACAUCUUUCCGCAGGGCCUGCAAGACAGAGCUGUUCCGCCUGGCCUUUGGUUCGGAAUCAGUCUGACCCUUAUGUUUCCCUCCCCUUAUGGGUUUCUAUUAAAAUGAGGCUGCAUUUUAAAUUGUAUUUUAACAAGUAUUUUAACAAACUGGUUUUUGUUUGUUUGUUUUCCCCCUAUUUUGUUUUAUUGUAAUUUUAUUGGUGUUAGCUGCCCUGAGCCCGGCUCUGGCCAGGAAGGAUGGGGUAUAAAUAAAAAAUUAUUUUAUUAUUAUUAUUAUUAUUAUUAUUAUUAUUAUUAUAAUAUAUUGAGCAGAAAAGGCCAUGCAUAAGUUGCAAGCCCUGGACAUCAGAGGGCAGGGAGAAAAUAGCCUUCCCUGCUCUGCUAAUAUUUUACCUCUGUGUCAGUGUUUCUCAGUCUUUUUUUAACCCUUGCCCCCUUUUAGCCAACAAAAAUUCCAUGACCCCUUAGAACCUGGCUCCCCUAAUUGUUUCAUUUGGAUUUUCAAAAUGAUUGAAACAGUGUGACUUUUAAUUAUUGCUACUUCCAUUGUACAUAUUUUGGGGGAAACCCUCUCUCACACACCACCCCCUGCCUGAAAUUUUGCUAUGCUUCCCCUGGUGCGGCUUGCUCCACUGGUUUCAAAAUGCUGCAAUGUUUAUAUCCUGUCUUUGUUGAAAAUGCAGUGUGACGUUAUUUCCAAAAAAGAGACACUGCUGUAUGCUUUGAUCCACUUCUGUCCUUCCUAAGGCUAAUUUGAGGUCAUUGUGGAAGCUGGUAACACUUGCUGGUCUCUGCAGGUCCCAGAUAUCCGAGAUGAAGAGGUAUAUAGUCCUGAUGACGUCGGCACCGUCUUGGACUGGAAGCCCACCCACCCAGUCAGUCGAAGCAGCUCUGGAGCUUCAAUAAGGAAAUGUCUCCCUGUCAUGUCUCCACAGGUAUGUCUCCACAGGUUUCACCUGAAAGCCGUAUUGACUGGGAUCCAACAGAUACUUUCCACCUGGGGUGGAGAAAUUUUUAGCCUGAGGACCCCCCUUUCAGCUUUAGACAUAUCUAAGGGCUUGAUCAGUGUAAUAUUUGACUAGUAUUCCUUUAAAUGGCAGGUUUCCUUCCUGUCACGCUGCUACCUCACGAAAUUUAAAAACUCAUGCUCGGUUUUUAAAGACAUUUGCCAGGUGACAUGAAGGGCAGCUGUUUAAGAAAGACAAGUCCGACACUCCAUUGGAUGGUUUGGAAUAGACAUGUGCUUCUGUCUAUUGAGGAUGCAAGCUGCCGUAGGAAUGAGAUUGUUGACUGUAGACGAGAGGCGGUUUGUACACUUCAUGAAUGUCAAUCUUACGUGUGUUUGUUUGCCCUUAGUCGGACUCUCCAGACUGCAGCUCCAGAUACCCAAGCUCAGAGAAAGCUUACAAGAUAGUUCUUGCUGGGGAUGCAGCUGUUGGAAAAUCUAGCUUCCUUAUGAGGCUUUGCAAAAACGAAUUUCGAGGGAACACCAGCGCAACUCUAGGUAUGUUCGUCGGACUUUCCCCUUCUGGGGUGUCAGCAGCCUGGUCACAACAGAUUGGAGUGAUAUUGUAUCACUUUUGAAGGAGGCUUGAGCCAAAACCCUAGGUUUAAAAUAUAAGCAGCAGUGGGUGUGUUCUGCUCCCAAUGGACACAGUAGAUAUGUGUGUAAUAUGUAGCAGGCAGCUCCCUAUCUUAGAAUGGCAACCUCCAUUCUAAUCACUGGCAGGGGGUUCGACUCAGUAAAUAAUUUCCCUUCCUGACAUGCUGCCUUUAUAGUGAAAAUUGGGCUCCCUGUCCCUGCAGUUAGUUAAGAAAAAACAAGGUACAACGUAACUGCCUGCUACAUAUGUUAGGGAAUAAGAAUCAGGCUCUCCUUCACCAGUUAACGAAGAACAAUGUACACCAGGCAUAGGCAAACUCGGCCCUCCAGAUGUUUUGGGACUACAACUCCCAUCAUCCCUGACCACUGGUCCUGUUAGCUAGGGAUGAUGGGAGUUGUAGUCCCAAAACAUCUGGAGGGCCGAGUUUGCCUAUUUCUGGUGUACACAGCUGCCUGCUAUGUAUAUCUGAAGAAUUGUGCAUGCACACGAAACCUUAUACCAGAACAAACUUAGCUGGUCUGUAAGGUGCUACUGGACAAUUUUUUAAUCUUUAUUUCACCUGCUAUACAGUGAGGGUGUCUAAUUUGACCUGGCUGCCAUUAUUGUGAAAGGAAGAGGCACAGUUUGGACACUUGGUCCUAUAGCAGAGAUAGAGGAGGAAAAUGGCAGCCAUCCAGGAGGCAACAAAAACUUGAAGAAACCAUGGUUAGAAUGGGGAUGGGGAAUGAAGCCUCCCAGGAACUUGCCAUUAGCCAAGUAUUGUGAGACUUCUGCAUGAAUAAAGGCUUCCACACUCUCAGCCCUGUGGGCUAAUUGUAUUGUGAAGGCAAAAGGCACCAUUUAUAUACAGUGGUACCUCGGCUAACAGACGCUUCAGGUUACAGACACUUGGUUAGAGACUCCGCUAACCCAGAAUUAGUACCUCGGGUUAAGAACUUUGCUUCAGGAUGAGAACAGAAAUCGGGCGGUGGCGGUGUGGCAGCAGGAGUCCCCAUUAGCUAAAGUGGUACCUCAGGUUAAAAACAGUUUCAGGUUAAGAACAGACCUCCAGAACGAAUUAAGUUCUUAACCAGAGGUACCACUGUACUCCAGUCCUUCUUUAACUGCUGCAAGUGGUGUGCAUUUUUACUCUGUUAUCUGUAUUCUGUGCAUGUGGAUUUUGUAAAGAUGAUAAAAUGUGCAAUGAUCAAAUGCACUUACGGUCUGUUAAUGGAGAAUCUCAUUUGAGUCACUGUUGGAAGACAGUGUCAACCUGUCAACCAGUAAGUGUCUGGGCGGGGCACGUAACAUUGACUUUGCUAAAACCACCUUACUAUUAUUCACCUUACUAUUAUUCAUUCAUCAGUGAUGCAGUUUUUAAUCUAUGCUAGGCAUGUCCAACUGGUCGAUCGCAGCCUACUGGUCGAUCGUGGGGUGCCCCUGGUCAAUCUUUGGAGCAAAACAAACAAACAAACAAACAAAUAAUAGGUAGAUCACUGCAGUCUUUUUAUACUGUGAGUAGAUCGCAGUCUCUUGGGAGUUGGACAUGCCUGAUCUAUGCAAUCUAAAAAUGCCAGUGGCUUUUUGUAUGUUUCUUUCUCUUAAAAGUUCUAUUAAAUAUAAGUACCAUCAAUAUAUGGAAAUGGUGUCAUACCUGUGCCAAGUCCAGCAAUAUUUGGAGGUUGGGGAAAGCUGCACUAAGUUAUUCCUCUGCCUUUGUUUACUUCUACUCUGUUAAAGGAUAUAAUAGAUUCUGCAUUUUUUUUAAGGUGUUGACUUUCAAAUGAAGAGGCUCAUUGUUGAUGGGGAACCUACAGUGCUGCAGCUGUGGGACACGGCAGGACAAGAGAGGUUAGUAUGACCUGGGCUUGUACCUUGGGGUUAGAUCUCAUACCAAAUUUCAAAGGGAGAAGCAAUAAUUAAGCUCAAAUCUGUGAAAAUGCAAGCCUCAGUCUUGACCUGUACUUGCAUAAAAGUGGAUUGAGUUUGCUGCUGUGCAGUGAAUCUGGUUGAAGAUAUCCAUGCGAUAUGAAAAAUGCAUUAGUAGGUAAGCUGUAAUGAAUUGGGAUUGUUAUUAAUUUAGCAGUAUGGUCAGGGAGAUUGCAACUUUUCUAUAAACAUUUUCCCACUUGUGUAUUACUAUGAGGAUCUGGGGGUGGGAAACCAAUAAGAUCAGUAUAAUUCAUUAUAUUUUUUGCAAAUUUCCUUUUUCCUUUUUUUGCCACUCCUACCAUAUUUCUCGAAGGUUAUGUACAGUAAGGCUUCCUAGUUCAUCAUAGUACAUUUAUAUUGAAAUCCUUCAGCCUUGGAUGCUGAAUGCCUUGAGGCAACAUACCGUGGUUUUCAUCAAUUUUCCUUUUCCAUUAUAUUAAAACUAUUUUGUACAACGCAGGAUAUUCAUUCAAUGCAAUACAUUUAUACAUAAAACAUGAGUGGUGGCAUGUUUCAGGGAGGGAAAGAGACCCCCAAAUUAAUCACACAUACGACUCUGUGGAUGUGUAUUAAUAACUAAGUCAUCUUUAGACAGGAUGGCAUCUCUGCACCAACUCAGAGAAGCUUUCAGUAUAGCCUUAACUAUAGAACAAUAUAAAUGGGCACAUAUAUUUCCCAUUCAGGUUUUUCAUCUGUACGAUUUAAGGAUAAUUCUGGCACGUUAGCCUUUGAAGUCCAGUCUGGUCCUGGGCUCCCCAUCAACAAUGUUUGAAUCGUGCCAUUACUUUCAAUGCCUAAUGACUGCAGCUUAUACAAUCUGCAUUUUUUAAAAAAAUGAGGUGCCACCUUCCUUAAGUUCAAAAGUUAGCACAAAAGUUUGUACAUCUUGCACUAGGUCAGUAAUGGUGAUGCUAAUAGUAUCCAAACUGAAUUCUUGCUACCCAUCAGCAUUCAGGGGUCCAGACACUGGGAUGCUUUGCUUUCUGUUUCCUUGGAGGCAGGUUCUUAUCUUAGAAGACUGCCUGCACGACAAAUGGAUUCAGGUCUCUGGGUCUGGUCUACUGAGUUCAUUGAACUUGUGUACAGAUCAGACUGGAAAAAAUAACAACAGAAGAGUUGUUAUUAGUGUGGUAAAACCUGGUGUGGUUUUAAAUGUAACUUUCUCUUAAAAGGUUCCGAAGUAUUGCGAAAUCGUACUUCAGAAGAGCAGAUGGGGUACUUCUUCUAUAUGACGUUACCUGUGAGAAGAGUUUCCUGAAUGUACGAGAAUGGGUGGAUAUGAUUGCGGUAAGGAUUUUGGCCGUGUGAAACCUAUGGAGUAUGCUUCCAACUCAGUGUACAUAAGAUUCCCACUUAAAUCCAGUGAGCUUAUUCUGGAGUGCUGUAUUUAUUUGUGAGACUGGCCAAAUUCAAAGGAGGUCACUGUAACAGCCAAUAAGCUGAUUGGCAAUUUCAGGGAGCCCCUUUGAAGUCUGGAAGAAGUAGCUAUGAUUCCAACUACUUUCUCCAGAUGCAACAUUUUCUCCUCCGCAGAUGUCUGCAGAGGGGGGAAAAGCUCCAUUGUAGAGCAAGUGAUUGGGAUUCAAACUGCUUCUCCCAAAUGGAGAAAGCAAACAUGCUCAACUGACCCCAGUGGGGAUCCCUGUCAGUGCCAUCAGUUCCUUCACAGCUGUGGCUACACCUGCUCCCACCUCAAAUCACACCUGACAUCAGAAGUGGAAUAAGUGGGCAUGGUUCCUCACCACUGGUUUAGGUUGUAAGAGGGAUUUGGUACACAGAUAACUGCAAGCAUUGCUCUGAGCCAUUGUGAGUCACAGGAAAUGUCUUUUGCUUCCGUGGAUAAACAGCCAAUUCAUGUAUUGACUUGACCAAUGCAGGGCAAACAUUUGCUUUCAUUAAUAAAGGCUAAAUAAAACAUUGACCUGGAGGGUUCAAGGUGGGAUGUUCUUUUCUGUUUUUUUAAAAUGGAAACUCCCUUUGUUUUUAAAUGUUAUAAUCAGAUAAUUCUGUUUCAGUGUGGUUACCGUAUUCAGUAUAGCUUGAUAAAUGUGCCUGUAUAAUCUAACUGACGUCCAUUGAAAUUUGACCUUGUACUUUUUGACAGCAGAAGUUUAAAUGUUUAAUUGGAGCUUAGUGUCUCAAGCUCCAGCAACCCCUAAAACCGAAAACAAACUGUGUUCUUGCAGGAUGCAACUCAUGAAAACAUUCCAAUCAUGAUGGUAGGAAACAAAGCCGAUCUUCGCCAGGUGCUUGCUGAGCAAGGACAGAAAUGUGUGCCGAUAAACUAUGGAGAGAAGCUGGCCAUGGUAAGAACCACAGAACUCAUCGCUCACAAUCAAGAAAGGAAGUGGAGGAUUGGAUGAAUGUAUUAAAAUGAUAGUGUCAGAUCUUGGAUUUAUGAGAGUCAAGUCAUAAAGAACUGAGAUUGUAAUUCACUUAAAAACAUUGGUAUUGGAUGACACUUAAUAAGUGCUUAGUUUGAAACUUGCUGAAAAUUUAUGGUUUGUCGCUGGCUGAUGUUUUGGCAACCUUUAUUCAGAUAGGUACCUCAAAGCACGCAGAAACAACGGUGGCUAGUGAACUGUACCUCCUGUAGGUUAGCUUCUUCCCCGGUGUUCUCAUAUCUUUUAAUUAAUUUAUUGGAAGGAAAACUUCCAUGCAUAUGUGCAUAAGCAUCUUCUGCUUUUGUUUUUCCACCUAGACCUACAGUGCAUUGUUCUGUGAAACAAGUGCUAAAGAUGGCUCUAAUAUUGUGGAGGCAGUACUUCAUCUUGCUCGGUAGGUUGAAAGAUAUGAAUUACUUUUUCUUAACCCCAUUUACACUGUUUCUCUUUUUUGGCGAGGGGAGUCAGAUCUGCUAAAUGGCAUUUCACGUCUUAAAAACAUAAAAGUCUGCACAGAUGUUCUUUCUGUGUAAAAUGAACAUGAACCUUGCAUUACAUGCGAUGGCGUCUCCCAGAGAGCUGCUUCCCAGGAGGACGUCAAGUGCGAAAUACCUGUGUGCUCUUGUUUCAUGUGCUGAGUGAUACACUGUUUUCUCAUGCAUUCCUGUGUGGAAUUGCUUUCUGUGCAGGAACUUUGUAACUUAGGAAGCAGCCUCAAAGGGCUUUUGAAACCUUAAGCAAAGGAACACACUGUACCCUAAGCCUCUUAAUAAUUGUCUUCCAAAUGGUAACAAAUGCUGUUUGUUUCAGUACCCAAACAUAAAUUAUUUGUCCCUAUGCUGCUUGAAAUAUAUGGCCUUUCAUAUGAAAAAAUUAGGGGAUUUCUGGAAUCAUUUUUCUACAUUUUAUGGCAAGCUGUUUUGUUUUCAAAAGCCCUUCUUGAAUAAAUAAAAAUAAGUAUGGGAUUCCUGGAAAGAGGCAAAGCUGCUUGUUAAUUCGGAGCACAGCGAAAAACCCUUAUCUUCCCAUGGCAACAGGUGCAGCAGAGGUGUAACAAUCCACUUAUCUGGAAGUAUCAAUUCAAAGUUAAUUGUUGCCUUGUGGUAUGAUUCAUUUCCAGGAAUUUUCAGGCGCUACCCUUUAAAUAGCGCAGUGCAUUAGAGAUUUCCAGGGAGCAAGUACAGAGCAAUUAUAUAACCCAAACAGUUGAUGGAAAACAGACCUCUUAGUUCUAAUUUUCAGACUACUAAAUGAAUUAUUCGAGACCUGAAAUGUUCUCCUCUUUAUGACAAAAUGGAGAUUUUAACCAUUUUGUUCAUCCUAGAGUGGGAAACCUGUUUUCUGGGGGUUAUAUUUGAGAGAAGUUGCGGACCAUGAACAAACAUACUCCAAAACUCUAGAGGUGCUUUAGUGGUGAUCUUUCCUGACUGCUUCCAGACUGAAGAAAAUCAUUUGCUUGCUCCAAUAAUGUUUCCAGGGGAAGCCGAGGAGGACUCCUCUAGGUAAUGUUGGACCAACUCCCAUCGGCUCCCGUCAGCAUGGCCAAUGUCAGCCAUGAUUAGAAUUGGAAUACCAGCAAGAUCUGUGAGGCACAAUAUUGGUUACCUCUGCCACAGGCUCUUGAGCAUGUAGAUUAUAACACUGCAUUUUAAUUUCUCUACUUUUACAUGGUGAAGGACCAUAGAUCUGUGGCAAGGGCCAUUGUGCAUGUAAUGUCCCAGAUUCAAUCUUUUGAGUUCUCUUGCUGAAAGUAUCUCAGGUAGCAGGUAUUGAGAGAGGCUCAUUUCUCUCUGAGACCGUGAGAGCUGAACAGGGAAUGAAUGGGGCAUUUGUGGUUCCUCCAGAUGUUGCUGGACAUGGCCAGUGGUCAGGGGUAAAGGGUUUCCCUAUCCCUGGAGCAAACAUUGCCAGGCUAGAUGGAUAAAUAGUCUGACCUGGUGUAAGCCUGCUUCCUAUAUUACCAAGAGCAAGUAGACCCAAUAUAGCAAGCCAUUCACAGGACUGCAGAAAGUAAAGGUAACCCAACUACAUGUUAGAGCAGUACCUUGUAUUAGGCCAACCAGAAUGUCACAAAAUAGUGUGCAAGUGUUGGAGAACUUUUUAUGAGGCUAGAUAGUAAACAACAAGGGGAGAGAGAGGAAGAGAAAAUCCUGGCUGAUAGUGAAUCCAUGGCAUGUGAAAGGCAGCUAGCAGACUCAAACUUGGCUCAGUUGAAUAUGCAGGUUUUGGGUUGUAGUCAGGUCUGCUAGUAAUCAUACCAAACUAUUAUUUUUCAGAGAAGUGCGAAAAAGGAGUGACAAAGAGGAGGACAAGUCUGUGACAAACCUGACUGGGACAUCAUUAAAGAAGCCGUCUCUCACCAAAAACUGCUGUGGUGUUUAGAGACAAUCCAGCCCUCUUUUUGCUCCAAAGAAACCGAUUCCUGUGGCUGGGGCAGAAAAGGAGUAAUGAAGGAUUUAGGCAUAGAGUGUUCUGUAGAGAAGAACCUGAGAACCAUUACUCUUGAGUUGCCACAUCCAUUCAGCAGCUUCAGGUGCUUUGGAACCCUGUUGAGCAAAACCAGGCCAGGGAGUCUGGGACCUUCAGUCCAGAAGCAGAGCCAGACAUUCCUGAGACAUCGUUUCCUGUGUGCAAGAACCAGCUGCAAACCGCCUGUGCCUUUUAAAGACAACCUGCCCAAGAAAUGUUGAAGCAAGGCGUCCUCCUUACUCGAAAUAUACAUGUAAAUAGUAAGCCCAUUCUCUGACCUCCUGGGAGACAUUUGCUGCUGUUCGUGCAAUUUCAUCCCCGACCUGAAACUUGCCCCAUGUCUAUUUUGAGUGGAGUUCUGCAGUUCUUAACUUCCCCCUGCAUUCUGUGCUGCAUCGGGUUCCCAAGGAAACAUGGCGGCAGUCAACCUCUAGGCAAAUGAACCUGCAUUGGAAAGGAAACCGUGGCUGUGUCAAAAGCUAAACUAAUCAUGCAUCCCUGACGUCAUGUAGGAACUUUGGGGAAGAAUUAACCAUUCAAGCUUGCUUCUCCUUUUAGAAGCCAUACAUGUCAGUUGACCAGGUUAAAUGAAAUGUGUCUUAGCUGUCACUGUGGUGAUAAACCCGUGUCUGGGCUCUACAGCUUUGGAGUGCUCCCAGUUGCAGGGGAUGUGUGUGUAAAAUGUAAAUUAAGCAGGCUAAGCUAAAACCUCUUUUCCCCUCAGGCAUCUUGUUUUCUGGGUGGAGAAAAUCCAACUAAGUUCUACUCAGAGUGGAGCCACUGAAAUUCAUGGGUGGAAGUUAGUCAUGCCUGUCAGUAUCAAUGACUACUGUGAGGACUUACAAUGGAUAUAGUCCAUUUUUUGUUAUUGAAGAGAGUCAAUUUGUGUGCAUCCCACAUCUCAAGAGCCCAAGCACAGGCUCAUGACCCUGGUGAGAACUGUCUGUCAUGUGCCCUUUGUUGAAAGACCUGCUCCCCACAUGCCAGUAUUCUCAUAAUGCAGUGGAGUUAAAUAUGGGUGUUUUCUUCCCACCUUCAAAAUAAUGAGCUCUAAUGCUAACUGGUUUAGAUCAGCAGCUUUCACAGGCUGCACCCUAAGUAGUCUGUACUUAGCUUGGGCAAACAGCUGAUCCAAGCCUCUGCAUCUCUUCUGGAAAUGGUUAACUUUGCAGUGGGCCUGAGUUCAAACAAUCUAAAGGGAAAGAAAGGGAAAGGCCCCCAACAGAUAAAACAAUGUAGAACAAAAGCUCUUACAUACAAAAUUAGAAGGUUGAUUCUGACCUCUGUUACUGAUAACUACUACCUGGAGAGAGGGCUUUUUUCUGACCUGUGGAAUGGGAAGUUGGUGGAGAUUUGUACAUGCAAAUGUUUGUUGACUGAGCUAAGAAACUUGGGCUCUUUUAUAUACAUGUUAAAUAUUUUACUGCAUUUAUAGGUUCAUAUCUUUUUCCUUAUAACUAAUUUAUAAAAACUAGUCUAUUUUUAUAGAUGUAUAGAUUUUAUUUUGCUUUCCCAUGCUUUAUCAUAGUGAGGAAAGUGUUUGCAAUUGAAGCAUUUGUUAGCUGUUCAUGUCUGUGAAACUUACAGCAACCUAGAAAACUCGUCUAAAUUCUGCAAGUCUCAAUAGAACUGCCUGGGUUGUGAGGGGUGAGUGGGUGCAUUGCUUUACUUGUAGCUCAGGAGUAGCUAAUCUGUGGCCCUUGGGAUGCUGUUGGACUUCUGUUCCCUUCAGCCACAGCCAGCACAGUCAGUAGCCAAAGAUCGCAACCUUUGGAGGGCUACAGGUGCUCCAUCUUGGUGUAAGCAAUGUAUCCAAGGAAAAACUGCAAACAGAGAAUUGGGGACACUUAAAUACCACCAAAACUCUUAUAUUUCAAAGCGGACGUAUCAGUGGAAAUGUUUAAAAUUGGGGUGAAAUGAAAAUACAAAUGUUUGUAAUUCAGCCAACUUGGAUGCAAAUCGGUGCUGAGUAGGGCACCAUAAGUGAUUUGCAUGUUCUCCUUUUAUACAUACAUUUAUACUCAAAUCCUAGCAAUCUAGCCCAGAAUUUCCAGUUUUCGCAGGUUGAUUUAUUUUAAAGAUUUCUAGGUGUUAUUUUAAAGCACCAGUAGCAGUAAUCGUGAAGCAUUCACAGUUAUGGGUUACAAACCUGGUAUGCAAACAAAAAUUGAAGUGUUAAAAUAAGUAUAAACUACUCAGCAUCAGGGCUUAUACAAGUCUUUGAAAUGCCUUUGCAGUAGCAGGGGCCGCCAAACCGAAGUACUGGUUUUGUUACUUCGACAACAGCCAGCAGUUUAAACCAGCAUGAUUGCACUUUUGGAACUUUAGUUUCUAUUUCUGAAGUUGCCAACUUCCUAGCAAAUCAUCCUUUAUAGAUUGGAGCGGUGCAAAUACGAAUCCUGCCACGUGCCAAGAAGUCCCUGUGUAUUUCAAUGGAAAGAGCGGUUCUAUUCAUGCCAUGAAAUGUAGUACAGGAUUGGGGAACCUGUGUCCCUCCAGAUGUUGCUGGACUCUUUCCAUCCCUGACUGUUGCCCUUGCUGGCUGGGGCCGAUGGGAGUUGGAGUCCAAUAACACCGGAGGACCGCGGGUUCCCCAUCCCUGCUGGAGUGCAAGGAGAUCUUUUCCUUUCUCCUCCACUCACAGCAACUCAUUGCACAGUGUGGGACACUGGACUGGGACAUGCCAGUCCUGAAUAUGUUUGUGCCCAUAUGUUUGGUUAGCAGAACUCAGCCACUUUGUACAACUAAUUUUCUUGUUGAUUUGUUGAGUACUUGUAGUCUUAACUGCAAAAGUAGUCUUUAUUUAUUUAGUGACCAUGUUACCAUAUACAUGUAUAUUUAUUUUCGAUGGAAAAUCUUUAUAUGAUUUUGUUUCUCAUAAAUUAUGUACAUAAGAUUUAUUUUUAUGCAUUUAGCACUUAAAUACCAUUGUCUGUCACUUACUGUCUUUAGCUUCUGAAAUGUUAACACAUACCAUGCUGUUUUUAAAGCCAAUGAUCUUUGUGUUUUGGCCUCCUUAGAUAAUUGAUCUGCUAGCAAAGUGCUUUGGUAGCUGGCCUUUAAACACAUGCCAAUAGUUUUUAUGAGCCAAAAUAUGCUGCACCAAAAUGUCUUAGAAUUAAAAUGCUCUAUAAAACAUGAAUGAGCACUCUCUUUAUUGAAAAUGUC